ACUAGGAAGACUACUCCCUAACCUUGUGAAAAUCUUUGCCUCGUUCUCUACUUCUCUCUAUGACUCUCUCACUACUUGUCAUUUAAUAUAAAUUUUGUCUUCUUAAUCAACUCUUGAAUGCUUUUCCUCUUCCUCUCUUCACAAAACAACAACAUUUAUUAAUUUUCUUCCCUUUCUUAUUGUUUACCAUAUAUUUUCAUUUAUUAAUCUCUCUCUCUCUUCCACAUAGAGAAGGAAAGGGAAAAAAAACAUAUUUGGUUUUUGGACAUUUUAAAUAACAAAGGAUUGACCAAUUAAGCAUAGGAAGGAGAAUGAAUGGGAAUUCAGAACAAGGUUGCUCUGAAAUUGUUGAAGUUGAUCCUACUGGAAGAUAUGGAAGAUACAAUGAGAUUCUUGGUAAAGGGGCAUCAAAGACAGUGUAUGAAGCUCUCUUUUUGCAUUCCAUUUCCAAAUUUAGAAAAGGAAAGAGUUUAAUAGUUGUUUUUGCACCCUGGUCUAUUUAUUUCCUUGGUGGGUAUUUUUGGUUUUUUCAAUUAAAGGUUAAAUUUUUUUGUUCAUUUGGUUGUGUUGGUUUUUGUUGUUACAGCUAUAGAGCCUUUGAUGAGUAUGAAGGGAUUGAAGUGGCAUGGAACCAAGUUAAACUCUAUGACUUUUUGCAAAACCCUGAAGAUCUUGAGAGGCUCUACUGUGAAAUUCAUCUUCUUAAGACCUUGAAACACAGACAUAUAAUGAAGUUCUACACUUCUUGGGUUGAUACUGCUAACAGGAACAUUAACUUUGUUACUGAGAUGUUCACCUCUGGCACUCUUAGACAGUAUAGGCUAAAACACAGGAGAGUUAACAUAAGAGCAGUUAAGCAUUGGUGUAGACAGAUUCUGAAAGGCCUUCUCUACCUUCACAGCCGUAACCCCCCUGUGAUUCACAGAGAUCUUAAGUGUGACAAUAUUUUUAUCAAUGGAAACCAAGGUGAAGUCAAGAUUGGUGACCUUGGCCUUGCUGCUAUUCUGCGAAAAUCGCAUGCUGCUCAUUGUGUUGGAACACCAGAAUUCAUGGCACCAGAAGUGUAUGAAGAGGAAUACAAUGAAUUAGUAGACAUAUAUGCUUUUGGGAUGUGCAUCUUGGAAAUGGUUACCUUUGAAUAUCCAUACAGUGAAUGUACACACCCUGCUCAGAUUUACAAGAAAGUUAUCUCAGGUAAAAAACCAGAAGCUUUGUACAAAGUAAAAAAUCCCGAGGUUAGACAUUUCAUUGAGAAAUGCUUAGCAACUGUGUCUUGUAGGCUUACUGCUUUAGAGCUACUGAAAGACCCUUUUCUCCAAGUUGAGGAUUAUGGAUAUGAUAUGAGGUCAUUAGAGUACGAAACUGACUAUGAUGAUGUUGGGCCUUUCCUAAGACAACCUCAUUAUGGAAUUCAUCAUCGUGACAGUAACAGAUAUUUGAACAAUGGUUAUAUCUAUGAACCUGAAAAUGACUUAAAUUGUCAUCCUGUUGUUGAGUAUGAAUCGAGUGAGAUUGAUCUCUUCUCUGGUCAAGAGGAUGAACAUGUGGGAGAUUUUGACAUCACAAUCAAAGGGAGGCGAAAAGACGGAGAAGAUGGCAUCUUUUUAAGGCUCAGAAUUGCAGAUAGGGAGGGCCGAAUUCGGAACAUCUAUUUCCCAUUUGAUAUUGAGAACGAUACUGCGUUGAACGUUGCUACUGAAAUGGUUAAUGAGCUUGAUAUCACUGACCAAGAUGUGAUCAAAAUAGCCGACAUGAUAGAUAAUGAAAUUGCUAGUUUGGUACCAGAGUGGAAGAGGGGAUUGGCAAUAGAAGAAAAUCAGCAGUGCUCAGCUACAAGCUUCUGUCACAACUGUGAUACAAAUGGUUCCAUAAUGGAUUAUGUAACAUCAGAUAGUUCAGCUGCCAAGAACCUUCAAGUCCUUGAGUGUUCCAAACCUGGCUCUGCAGCAAUCCAUGGUCGAUUUGAAGAAAUUACCUACCAAGUUGAAGGGUCUUCAGAACAAUGCCUCACAGAGGGCACAGCAGAACAUUCUCGCCACUCUGAAGGCAUCCGAUUCGCAGAUAUCUGGGCACAGAGAGAUGGACCAGAAUUAAGCUCACAAGGGUCAAAAGACAUCUAUUGCGAUGAAGCUGUUAAAUCUUUGAACCUGUCUAACUCUGAGAAGGAAGAGAAGAUUAUAGUUAUGGACAAUCAAAGUGGGUCUAAUGCUGCAAAUUUUAGUCCAUCGGCAAAUCAUGAUUCUAGUCCUGCUUUUGAUGAUUAUGAAAAUGACAUUAGACAAGAGCUAAGAUGGCUCAAAGCCAAAUAUCAAAUGCAGUUGAGAGGGCUUAAACACCAACAGUUAAGAGCCAAGAAAAAACCAUCAAGCUUAGCUCCAAGUCCUGAUAACUCGGAACACAAGGGAGACAAUAAUGGAGAAUCAAUGUCUUCAGUCUCACCCCAGCUGAAGAAAGAAAACAGAAGACCUCCCCUCAAAUCUUCCUGCUUUGUAAACCAUUUUGGCUCAACCUUUGAAGUUGAUGGAGAUAACAAGUUUGCCAAUGUGGAUAAUCAAAAUGUCCAAAGUUUGGAGGCAAUGAAGGGUUCAUGGAGUCCAGACCAAAUAUUCACGGCUAAGAGUUUCUACAGUGGAUCUUUGUUUCCACAACCUCUUCAUAGAGCAACUUCUCUUCCAGUUGAUGCUAUAGAUGCUUAAACUCUCUUAAUUCUUUCUCUAAAUCUCUCACCAAGACUCCAGGUGGUGAACAUUAAAGAAGCCUUAAGUAACUUUCAAGAGCAUGUGGGUUUAAUUGCCAGAUGGGGUUUUCUUCUUAUUACUUUGUAAUUAUACUUCAAUUAUAAUGUACAUUACGUAGUUACCAUAACAAUAAAUAAGAUUUCCUCUUUUUUAA